AUGCUGCUGGAAAGACGCACCUUGGCUGGUAACGGCGUGCAAGGCGGCAACUCAAGUGGCGCUCACUCUGCCGACAGCAUCGCCGCGUCGGUUGUAAAGCUGCUCCGAGACGGCAACGCCUUGGCCAAUAUCCCUCAAGUUGCCAUCACGCGUCAGACGACGAUCCAGGAGUUUGCCGUGCCGCGAGCGAUCCCGACUGCUCGGUCGGGGAAAGAAGCCUGGGAUCAGUGGUUCUCCGCAGAUCCAAAAGUCGGCCUCUACUGCGCGCUCAAGGACUACACAAAAGAGAUGAUCAAGACCACGUGGAAAUAA